AUGAGAGAUCAUGGCCGCCUUCGGGCUCCUCAGCUAUGAGCAGAGACCUCUCAAACGGUCCCGCUUGGGGCCGCCCGACGUCUACCCGCAAGACCCCAAGCAGAAGGAGGAUGAACUUACUGCUGUGAAUGUUAAGCAGGGUUUCAGUAAUCAGCCAGCCUUCUCCGGAGAUGAGUACGGAUCUGCUAGGAAUAUUGUCAUUAACCCUUCAAAGAUUGGUGCUUAUUUUAGCAGCAUAUUAGAAGAAAAGUUAAAGCUUAAUACUUUCCAGGACACAGGAAAGAAGAAACUGCAAGUCAAUGCCAAAGACAAUUACUGGCUAGUUACUGCUCGUUCCCAGAGUGCAAUUCACAGUUGGUUUGCAGAUUUAGCAGGAAAUAAACCACUGACUAUCCUAGCAAAAAAGGUUCCAAUUCUCAGUAAAAAAGAAGAUGUUUUUGCUUAUUUAGCAAAAUAUUGUGUGCCACUAUUGCGAGGAGCAUGGCUGAUCAAAAUGACAUGUGCCUAUUAUGCUGCCAUUUCUGAAGCUAAAAUCAAGAAACGCCAGGCUGCUGAUCCAAAUCUUGAAUGGACUCAGAUUUCAACCAGAUACUUACGGGAACAACUGGCAAAGAUUGCAGAUUUUUAUCACAUGACCUCAAGCCAAGGCAGCAACUCUGUAGCUGUGCCUCCCGAGGUGGAACAUGCCCUGAAGCAGUGGGAAUAUAAUGAAAAGUUGGCAUUUUAUAUGUUCCAGGAAGGAAUGCUUGAAAGACAUGAAUAUUUAACAUGGAUACUGGAUGUCUUGGAAAAAAUAAGGCCGACUGAUGAUGAACUUCUAAAACUCCUCCUACCGCUAAUGUUGCAGUAUUCAGAAGAGUUUGUUCAGUCGGCCUACCUGUCGCGUCGCCUUGCUUAUUUCUGUGCCAGACGUGUCUCUUUAUUGAUAAGCGACAGUCCUAACCUCAUAGCUGCCCAUUCGCCUCAUAUGAUGAUUGGACCAAAUAACCCUCCUCUAGCAGCUCCAAGCCCUACUACAACUGGUUCUGUGGUGAACCCUGCACACCUAGCCUGUUCGGAUUUCCUUUCCUGCCCACAACAUCGUCCACUUGUAUAUGGACUCAGUUGUAUGCUGCAGACUAUAACUCUCUGUUGCCCAAGUGCCUUGGUGUGGAACUAUUCCACAAAUGAAAGUAAAAAUAUCAAUCCUGGUUCACCUUUGGAUUUACUUCAAGUUGCUCCAUCUAGUUUACCUAUGCCAGGAGGAAAUUCGACAUUCAAUCAGCAGGUUCGCGCAAAGAUUUAUGAAGUAGAGCAGCAAAUAAAACAAAGAGGCCGUGCUGUGGAAGUGCGGUGGUCGUUCGACAAAUGCCAAGAGUCAACUGCAGGAGUUACUAUCAGCCGAGUUUUGCACACAUUGGAGGUUCUGGAUAGACAUUGCUUUGAUCGAUCAGAUUCCAGCAACUCAAUGGAAAGUCUUUAUCACAAGAUUUUCUGGCCAAACCAGAAUAAGGAUAGCCAGGAGGUUGCACCUAAUGAUGAAGCUGUGGUAACAUUGCUUUGUGAAUGGGCUGUGAGCAGUAAAAGGUCUGGCAAGCACAGGGCAAUGGCUGUGGCUAAACUGUUGGAGAAGAGGCAAGCUGAAAUUGAGGCAGAUCGGUGUGGUGAGGUAGAAGUCUUGGAUGAAAAGGAAUCCAUUUCUUCAGCAUCACUUGCUGGAUCCAGCCUUCCUGUUUUCCAGAAUGUCCUUCUUAGGUUUUUAGAUACCCAAGCCCCAUCAUUAUCUGACCCAAACAGUGAAUAUGAGAAGAUAGAAUUUGUGAACCUGGUGCUGCUUUUCUGUGAAUUUAUACGGCAUGACGUUUUCUCUCAUGAUGCUUACAUGUGCACUUUAAUAUCGCGUGGAGACUUAUCUGUCACUACAGCCUCUAGAUCACGCUCGCCGAUGGGGGAAAAUAUGGAGGAACGGUAUUCUAGGGAACAAGAUGUGAAAUUGGAGGAGCAUAGUAUUAUGGAACAUAUGUACAUUGACUCGGGAACUACUAAUAUUUUUGAUGACGUAGACAAGAAUGACUUUAAGACAGACUUUGGUUCGGAAUUUCCAAUUUUUUCUCCAAUGCCUGGGGAGUCUUGUGAGAAUCUGAAUUCCAUAUCCAUAUUAGACAGAAGAAUUGCAAUGAGUAGUGAAAAGUCUAUGAAGAGGGAAAAAGUGAGGGAGUUGAUCUUUCCAUCAAACUAUAAUCUUCUUCGCCAUUUGCAAUAUGCAACACACUUUCCUAUACCUCUGGAUGAAUCUUCAAGUCAUGAAUGUAACCAGCGCAUGAUUCUUCUCUAUGGUGUUGGCAAGGAACGUGAAGAGGCAAGGCACCAGCUGAAGAAGAUUACCAAAGAUAUCUUGAAAAUCCUAAAUAGGAAAAGCACUACCGAAAUGAGUGCUGGAGAUGAAGGUCAGAAGGUCAGAAAGAACAAGCAAGAAGCAUUUCCAACGUUAGAGACUGUGUUUACAAAACUGCAGCAGCUCUCAUAUUUUGAUCAACAUCAAGUGACAUGUCAGAUCUCUAACAAUGUUCUGGAACAGAUCACUAGUUUUGCUUCAGGCACGUCGUACCAUCUUCCAUUGGCUCACCACAUACAGCUUAUCUUUGAUUUGAUGGAGCCUGCUCUAAAUAUCAAUGGGCUUAUUGACUUUGCUGUUCAGCUGCUGAAUGAGCUGAGUGUGGUGGAAGCUGAGCUUCUUCUAAAGUCAUCCAGCCUGGCAGGAAGUUACACAACAGGGCUGUGUGUUUGCAUUGUUGCCGUGCUGAGGCAUUACCAUGCCUGCCUCAUUUUGAAUCCAGACCAAACUGCUCAGGUUUUUGAAGGAUUAUGUGGUGUUGUCAAACAUGUUGUUAAUCCAUCCGAAUGCUCUUCCCCAGAAAGAUGUAUUUUAGCCUAUCUCUAUGAUCUCUAUGUCUCCUGUAGUCAUCUCAGAAGCAAAUUUGGAGAUCUUUUCAGUAGUGCCUGUUCAAAAGUAAAGCAAACGAUCUAUAAUAAUGUGCAGCCCUCAAACUCCAACUUGUUAUGGGAUCCAGAAUUCAUGUUGGAUUUUAUUGAGAAUCCCUCCAUUCACAGCCUCAACUAUUCAAUGCUGGGCAAAAUCUUGAGUGACAAUGCACCGAGUCGCUAUAGCUUUGUGUGUAAUGCACUAAUGAAUGUAUGCAUGGGACAUCAAGACGCAGGCAGAAUUAAUGACAUUGCCAACUUGUGUGCAGAGUUAACGGCUUGCUGCACAGUGCUAAGCUCAGAAUGGUUAGGGGUCCUGAAAGCUCUUUGCUGCUCUUCAAACCACGUCUGGGGAUUUAAUGACCUUCUCUGCAGUGUGGAUGUGAGUGACCUGUCAUUCCAUGAUUCACUGGCCACCUUUGUUGCAAUCCUCAUAGCCCGGCAGUGUUUUUUCCUCGAGGAUGUAGUUCAGCAUGUCGCACUUCCUUCUUUACUUACAGCAGCUUGUGGAGAUCCAGAUGCUGAACCUGGGGCAAGGAUGACAUGCAGACUCCUGUUGCACCUCUUUCGAACACCUGAGGUUCCCCUGCUGCCAACUGGGAAAUCUUUCCCAGGAAUUCGGUCAUCUUGUGACCGUCGCCUCUUAACUGCUGCUCACAACAGCAUUGAAGUGGGAGCUGUGUUUGCUGUUCUGAAAGCAAUCCUGAUGCUUGGUGAUGCUGAGAUUGGAAGCAACAGCAUCCCCUCCUUGAGAAAGUCAGAUUAUUCAGUGCGAAGACUGCUAGGUGAUCUUAAUGAUGAUGAGAUCUGGGAUGCUGCCUCACAUUCUUUGAAAUCAUGUGGAAAACCUAUCUCCAUAGAAACUGCUAGCCUCAGUGAAUAUGCUAGAUAUGUGCUAAGAAGUAUAUGCCAGCAGGAAUGGGUGGGAGAACACUGCUUGAAAGAACCCGAAAGAUUAUGUACUGACAAAGAUCUUGUCCUGGACCCAGUUCUUUCAAACAAGCAAGCACAGAAAUUGUUGCAGCUUAUCUGUUAUCCUCAUGGUGUUAAAGAAUGUGCAGAGGGUGACAAUCCUCAAAGACAACACAUCAAGCGCAUUCUUCAGAAUCUGGACCAGUGGAUUCUCAGGCAAUCAUGGUUGGAACUCCAACUGAUGAUCAAACAGUGUAUGAAGGAGCCUGGUUCUGGGUCUGUGGCUGAAAUGAACAGCUUGUUGGAUAAUAUUGCAAAGGCGACAAUAGAGGUGUUUCAGCAAUCCGCUGAUCUAAACAAUAACUCUUCUAACUCUGGUAUAGGCCUCUUCAAUCCAAACUCUGUUGGAAAUGCUGACACUCAUAUUACAAGGCAGAACAGUAAAAAGACAUUCCUAAGUUCUUCUGAACGGCAAGGUGUGUGGCUAGUGGCUCCCUUGAUCGCAAAGCUGCCUACUUCUGUUCAGGGCAGAGUCUUGAAAGCAGCUGGAGAAGAGCUAGAGAAAGGCCAGCAUUUGGGAUCAUCUUCAAAGAAGGAGAGAGACAGGCAAAAACAAAAGAGCAUGUCUCUUUUGAGUCAGCAACCUUUCCUUUCUUUGGUACUUACUUGCCUUAAGGGACAGGAUGAGCAGCGAGAAGGGCUUCUAACAUCUCUACAAAAUCAAGUUAAUCAGAUAUUAAGCAACUGGAGGGAAGAGCGAUACCAGAAUGAUGUUAAAGCUAGACAAAUGAUGCAUGAAGCCUUGCAACUCCGUCUUAAUUUGGUGGGAGGAAUGUUUGACACAGUGCAGAGAAGUACACAGUGGACCUCAGACUGGGCACUUCUGCUCCUCCAAAUAAUAACAUCUGGAACUGUGGAUAUGCAAACCAAUAAUGAAUUAUUCACAACUGUACUUGAUAUGCUGAGCGUAUUGAUUAAUGGAACUUUAGCUUCUGAUCUAUCAAAUGCAUCCCAGAUGGGAUCUGAAGAGAACAAAAGAGCAUACAUGAAUUUGGUGAAAAAGCUCAAAAAAGAACUAGGAGAUAAGUGUUCAGAAAGCAUUGACAAAGUUCGUCAACUUCUGCCCUUGCCUAAACAGAUGUGUGACAUUAUUGCUUGUGAGCCUAUGGGAUCACUAAUUGAUACGAAGGGAAACAAAAUUGCUGGAUUUGACUCCAUAGAUAAGAAACAGGGGCUUCAGGUCUCAACUAAACAGAAAGUAUCCCCAUGGGAUUUAUUUGAGGGCAACAAGAAUCCUGCCCCACUGUCCUGGGCUUGGUUUGGAACUGUCCGCAUUGAUAGGAAAAUUAUAAAAUAUGAAGAACAGCAACACCUCCUCCUUUAUCACACACACCCUAAACCCAAGCCACGAAGUUACUACCUCGAACCUUUACCUCUUCCUCCUGAGGAGGAGGAGGAGGAAGAAGAGCCCACCACCCCUGCAUCUCAGGAACCAGAAAGAAAGUCAGCAGAGCUGUCAGAUCAGGGAAAACCUUCAACAGAUGAAGAAAAGAAGGGAAAAGGCCGGAAAAGAAAGACAAAAUCAACUUCCAGAACUGAUGAUUACCCUCAGAACAACAUAUACAGAGUGCCUCCCAAUUAUUCACCAGUUUCUUCUCAAAUGAUGCACCAUCCUCAGUCAGCAUUGUGGGGCUACAAUGUUAUGGGACAACCCCAACAGACUAGCUUCUUUGUCCAGAACCAGCAUCUUCCACCAGGUGGCUCCAGAUUGGAUCCUACAGGCUCCUUUAUCCCAAACAACACUAAGCAAGUGCUGUCUAACAUGCUGCAGAGGCGCUCCGGCACCAUGAUGCAGCCACCAACUAUUCAUGCAAUUACCUCGCAGCAGCAGCAGCAGCAACAACAGCUGCUCCAGAUGAAGCUGCUCCAGCAACAGCAGCAACAGCAGCGGCUUCUAAGGCAGCAAGCCCAGGGUCCGACAAUUGAUCAGGCUGCUAUUUUUACUCAUCAAGUUCGGCCUUCUUCUCAACUUCCACAAUAUCCAGGGAUACAGCAGGCACAGACCAUUCCUCACGGCUAUACAAUGUAUGGCACUCAGAUGUCAUUGCAGUCACAGCAGGCUGGGGGUAUAGUCCUUUCACCUACCUACAACCCCCGGGCAUAUCAAGCAGCUCAUUCAAACUCAGCUCUAAUGGAAAGGCUAAGGCAGAUGCAACAGCAACCCAGUGGGUACAUUCAUCAGCAAGCAGCCGCCUACCUUCAACCUUUAACAGGCAAUCAACGAUUGAGUCACCAGCCUUUGCAGCAGAAUCCCUUAGUUGGAGGGGCGCUUGAUGCUAUGCCAGCCACAGCUUCACACCCAAACCUUAACUCAGUUCAGAUGCCUCAGGAACAGAUGAGACAGAGACAACAACAAAUUCGACAACAGAGACUCCUUCAGUUGCAGCAGCAGCAAGGACAGCAGCAGGCUCUUAAUCUCCAAGCAAUGCAGCCUCAGCAACCUUUGUUUCCAAGGCAAGGCUUGCAGCAGACACAACAGCAACAACAGACAGCUGCUCUUGUCAGACAACUCCAAAAACAGCUGUCAAGUAACCAGCCACAACAAGUUGUGAACCCAUAUGGUCACCCUUCACACUUCUGAGCCUGGAAGAUGGACGUAAAAUAAAGUGUUUGCACUGAAGAAUAAGAGUAACGAAGUUGAUGCACUUAUUUUUUUCCCUCAAUUUUUUUGUGCUGCAACUGAUGUGAAUAUAUAAGGAAUAGGUGAUUUUGUUUGUUUGUUUUGCAUUUAAAUAAUUAUGAAUAUAUGGAUUAUGUGGGAUUAUAUGAAGAACGUUGCUGCUGCAAAAUAUAUGGAUUUGGUGCUUUUAGGGUAUUAAUACUUUUUCCCAAGAGGAUUAAAAUCCUAAAUUUCUUUUUUGUGGAAAACAAGGUUUCUUUUUUUAUUUGUCCUUCUUAAGAACUGCACUGGACCAAACUACUGACUAAACAAGCACCUUUUUUUUUCUUCCCAUAAGGGUGUUCCCUCCCCCCCUCCCCACUUACUAGUUUUUUGGUAAAAUGUGUAUUGAUUUCAGUCAUGUUAAUUUUGAUCAUGUUUGUAGUUUUCAUAAGCACUUUAUAAAAUCUAUUGUCUUCAAAACUCCUUAUCCUCCCCUCCCCCGCUUCCAUUGUGAUAAUAAAGUUCUGAAGGAGGAUCCUUACCUGUAUCCAUAACCUUUCUAUGAAAAUGCCAUAGUUCAACAAUAAUAAACCUACUGGAUUUUCCUCUCAGUGGCAAGAGGACCUUCGAAGGAUCAAUACCAGUAAUCAAAAUGAGUAAUCGCUCUACACUUUGCUCAGAUAGAGGUUCUAGAUGCUCCUGGAGAAGCCACAAA